CUUGAAUUCAAUCAGUCGCACAUUUAAUUGGGUUAAGACUAGAUAUUAAACGAACGAUACAUUUUAUUUUCUUCGAGCGAAAAGCUGAGUAAACGAUAAUGAAGGAAAUGUACAUAAUCGUCAUUGUCUUAUUGACAUCUUGGACUGCUGGGAGCUGGGCCGCUUGGGAGUUGCCCUGCCCUGUUACAAAAUGCCCAUAUCCGGAGAAAUAUGCAACGAAUCUGCCGCAUGAGAACGAUUGUACGAAAUUCUACAAGUGCAGUUGGGGCGUUCCCGUAUUACAGGAUUGUCCUCCGAUGGACCCGAAUAAUAAGGAAAUAAAAUUGCAUUACAAUAGACGCUUACAAGUUUGCGAUUGGCCGUGGCAGGCUGGUUGCAAAACUUGUACGGAGGCAAGCAUCGACGACAAGUGCCCGCCACCAGACAAGAUCUCCGAUCCAAAAAAUGAUUGCAAUUACAUCGAUUGCAGAAAUAAUCAGACAAUAGCUUGUCCCUCCGGUACAUGCUUUAGUCGUACGUGUCAGGCUUGCGUUGAGGAUCGAGCGAACGGAAAUUGUGGUACAUUUAUUCCUACUAGCACUACUCGUACUACCCCAACUACUCGAACUACUCCAACUACUCAAACUACUCGAACUACUCCAACUACUCAAACUACUCGAACUACUCCAACUACUCCAACUACUCGAACUACUACUACUCCUACUACUUCUACUACAACCCGUGUGUGCAUGGAAGGCGAUCGAAGGAAACGCACAGAUUGUGACUGCGCUUUAUAUGAUGAAUGUAUAUUUAACGAAUGGAGUGUCCAGGAAUGUACAAACGGUGAAUAUUAUAAUCCCAACACUAAGGAAUGCGAUGACCCGAGAAAUGUUAAUUGUCCCUAUAUGUACAUAAUCGUCAUUGUCUUAUUGACAUCUUGGACUGCUGGAAGCUGGGCUGCUUGGGAGUUGCCCUGCCCUGUUACAAAAUGCCCACCUGGCACGGAGAAAUAUGCAACGCAUCUGCCGCAUGAGAACGAUUGUACGAAAUUCUACAAGUGCAGUUGGGGCGUUCCCGUAUUACAGGAUUGUCCUCCGAUGGACCCGAAUAAUAAGGAAAUAAAAUUGCAUUACAAUAGACGCUUACAAGUUUGCGAUUGGCCGUGGCAGGCUGGUUGCGAAACUUGUACGGAGGCAAGCAUCGACGACAAGUGCCCGCCACCAGACAAGAUCUCCGAUCCAAAAAAUGAUUCCAAUUACAUCGAUUGCAGAAAUAAUCAGACAAUAGCUUGUUCCUCCGGUACAUACUUUAGUCGUACGUGUCAGGCUUGCGUUGAGAAUCGAGCGGGCGGAAAUUGCUGCGUGGAUUGCUGCCCCGAUUGCUGCGAGGAGGGUGAUCGAAGAAAACGCACAGAAUGUGACUGCACUUUAUAUGACGAAUGUAUAAAUGGGGAGUGGAAGGUCCAGGAAUGUAAAAAUGGUGAACAUUAUAAUCCUAAAAUUAAAGAAUGCGAUGACCCGGUAAAUGUUGGAUGUAGCGGGAAGAGAUAUUAACAUACAUAUAUAUAGAAUUAUUAACACGCAUACACUCACAUAUAUAUGUAUAUAUAUAUAUUUAUAUAGUAUCAAGUAUAAACGGAAUAUAUAAAAUAAAACGAAAUAUAAAUAUAAAUAAUCCUGUUUCUCUCUCCUUUAAUCCCAUUCAUAUUAAGGCAAUAUAGAGAUUUAAAUGUUUAUGUAAAAAAUAUAUUACAACGAGAAAAAUAAAGGAGAGAAAGAGGUUA